AUGUCUAAUUCAUCACAAAGUGAUUGGGGAGAUUAUAAUAGACGUUUAUCAUCGAGCUUGUCGCCGGAUACUAUUAGACGUCAUCAACAGCCUAUGGCACAAAAUCCGGUAUAUGGUCCGGUUGCACAGCCCUUUGAACUAUUAAUAGAGGACUAUAACAACAGGCUCAGAAAUCGCGCCCUGAACCGAACUGGAGAUAGCGGCUAUUUAACAAGUCCGGAGUCACCCAUAAUAUUAAUGGAUAAUUGGGAACGAUAUUUUCCGAGCCCAAUUCAUGAACCAUCGGUACCUCAAAAUACACCGCCGCAGUACAAUGAAAUAUCGUCGACAGAUUUAUUUCCAGAACUUGAAUCAUCGUCAUCUAUAGAUUUACCGAAUAUGUUAAUUCCUCGUGCGCCUAUAAGAUUACACACGACACAGCCAUCAGUCGAAAUGGAUUGGAGUGAUGAUGGAAAUAACGAGCAACUCUAUAGACUUAUGGACAAGUAUGAGGGGUGGGGUAGUGAUUAUGACGAAAUGAAUGAGUUGAUUUUAAAAAAAACAUAA